UUUCAACCUGGCUGGGGUGGAGUAGGGAUUGGAGAGCAACACCUUCUUUGUUUUCCCGUCAUUUUCUUUCCCUUUUUUUUCUCUCCAUCCAAACGCUCCUCUUUGGUCUUCAUUUCUUCUCCUCUUCCCCUUUUUAUCAAUCCGUCUCUCUGUCUCUGAAUGCAUCACCAGACAAUUCUUACCCUAAAUACCCCAAACCCAUACCAUGGAUUACGUCCGCCAGAAAACACUAGACUCACCCUUCCUCUUGUCCCGCCAUUUUUGCUCACAACUCGAGCCAAGAGUUCCGUCUUCACCUGCAAAGGAGUUGAAAUUGACGCUCCCAAACCGCUCUGCAUUACCUUUGGCUCCGGAAACGGCUGUGUACGGGACUGGAAAUCGAGGAGUACCGCAGUCAAAACCAUCGAUGUCGCAACUCUGGGAAACCUCUGCGUCGAUAUUGUCCUCGAUGUUCCCGAGCUUCCACCGCCUUCCCGGGAUGCCCGUAAAGCUUAUAUGCAGCAGCUUUCCGCUUCACCCCCUGAUAAGCAAUAUUGGGAAGCUGGUGGCAAUUGCAAUAUGGCCAUAGCAGCUGCAAGAUUAGGACUUCAGUGUGCCUCCAUUGGUCAUGUAGGUGAUGAAAUAUAUGGGCGGUUCCUCCUAGACGUUCUUCAUGAUGAGGGUAUCAGAAUGGUUGGGAUGAGUGAAGGCAUUGAUGCUAUUGACAGUUCCAGUGCCUCAUAUGAAACCCUUCUGUGCUGGGUUCUUGUGGACCCUUUGCAUAGACAUGGUUUCUGCAGUCGAGCUGAUUUUAGUAAGGAGCCUGCAUUCAGCUGGAUGAGCAAUCUAUCUGAAGAAGUCAAAAUGGCAAUAAAACAAUCAAAAGUCCUGUUCUGUAAUGGCUAUGGUUUUGAUGAGCUCACCCCUAGCUUGAUAACCUCAGCUCUAGACUAUGCUGUUGAAGUUGGGACGUAUGUUUUCUUUGAUCCGGGACCACGUGGAAGAAGUCUUUCAACAGGCACGCCUGGAGAACAGAGAGCUCUGAGCCAUUUCUUAAGUAUGAGUGAUGUUCUUCUGCUAACAGCUGAUGAGGCUGAAUCAUUGACGAGCAUAGAAAACCCAGUUCUAGCUGGGCAGGAAUUGCUCAAGAAAGGGGUCCGCACAAAAUGGGUGAUUGUUAAAAUGGGAUGUAGGGGUUCAAUGCUAAUCACAACAUCGAGUAUAUCUUGUGCUCCCGCUUUCAAGGUGGAAGUCAUUGACACCGUCGGUUGUGGAGAUAGUUUUGUAGCUGCAGUUGUGUUUGGAUUUAUACAUAAUCUUCCAACGGUGAAUACAUUAGCAAUAGCAAAUGCUGUGGGUGCUGCCACUGCCAUGGGUUGUGGUGCUGGUAGGAAUGUAGCCACCUUGAAGCAAGUAAUAGAACUCAUUAGAGCGUCAAAUCUUUACAAGGAUGAUGACUAUUGGAAUGAAUUACUUGGAGCAAUGGAUAUUCGAGAAAUUAAUUUUCUUUCAGAAAGGGUCAUAAAUGGGAGCAGACAUCAGCUGAACCAUAUUUCCCUGCAACAGGUGGCUUCUGAACUGCUACCUAAGCUGGAAGCUGAAAAUCUAAAACGAAAAGUUUCAAUUUAGAAAUUGCAGGGCAUGGCAGAUAUUUUCAGCCAUAGCUUAGUAUUAUAGUGAUUGUCAUUGACCUGGAUUUUAGCUUCAUCAGUGGCCAAGCUACCCCUAAAAAAUUUUACGCGAGGCAAGAGUAUUGCAUUCUUAUGAUGGAUCGUGACCUGCCCUGACACGCGGCUUGCAAGUCUACAGUCUUUUCUUGUGGUGGUUUUCUUUCUUCAGUUGCUUUUCUUAGUGAAGGUCGCUGGCACAGUUUUGCUCUUGAAAGCCAAAUUAUUGAAUGUGAGAAGCCAAAUAGAGUAUAUGAAGUAUGAAGGUUGAUUUACGCCUUUACGGAUGCAUUUCAUUAUUUUUUAUUUUGGAGUUAUGUAUGGUUAAAUGCUUAUUAAUUUAUUAUGCAUUAUAAACUGGUUGUUCAACUUUCA